AUAACACAUUCGCUAGCGCGUAAUUUAUCAAAUUGUGCCUGUUUUGUUUUAAAAUGUUUCCCGAGCAGGACAUCAAUCGCCACAAUUACCAGUUGCGGUUCAUGGAAAUGGAGAAUAAGAUCAAGAAGUGCGAACUGGAAAGAGCCGAGCUGGAGCAACGUUUCAGUCAAUUGAUGCGAGAGCGACAGGAAUGCGAAAGGGCUGCAGCUCGACAGCUUAAACUGAAGUACAAACGCAUGAUGGAGUUGGACCGGCAGCGAGCGGAUCGAAACGAAAGUUUACUGCGGAUGUUGCACAAAAUCGAUCAACAGGCCACUUCCCUUGCGGCCAAAACCGAUCGCCUGAAGAUGCUGAAGACUCAAUACGAAUCGUACUUGAUUCGAUCCUGGUCAUCCCAGCGAGCUCUUCCACCUUGCUCUCCCGUUCCAUCCAUGUACUCUCUCCAGCCACAGUUUUUCCCGGCACCUCAACAAACAACCCCCUUCCAGUUCCCUCCCAGAGCAUCCGAGUCCCCUAAAUCGGAAUUUGUUCGAUAUCUGUCCGACAUGACCCACGCACAGACGGUUUCCUACAACCCCAUCCCUCCGCCAACGGCUCUGUCCAACUACAUCAACCAUCAGCAGCUUCCGAUGCACCAGCAGUACACUUCAAGUUUCCUGGCACCUACUCCAACUUUCACGCAAGAUCCAUUCCUUCGACCUCCUCCUCGGGACAUCCCACCUUCGCCGAACAUCACCACCCUCAACCCACCCACGGAACCCGCCCCAAUCCCUCAAACACCUCAUCGUGCACCCUCAACCGUUCCACAAGUCGCCAAGAAGUUCGAUCUAUCCAACGAAGAAUUCAUCCAAUACAUCGACAACGAAAUCUUGAAAGGAUCUACCACUACCGCUUCAGCGGUAGCCGGCAACGAUCCACCACCAGACAUCGUAAUCGAACCGCCAACCAUUGCUUCAACGCCCCUUCCGGUGGCUUACCUGGAAGACUUCACAAACGACGUAGACGAAGAUCUUCUACAACCACCACCGGGAACGAGUCGCUUCCUCGACGAUUCGCCCAUCAUCGAAGAGAUCGUGAAGGCAACUGCUAAUCUCGAGCUGAACGAUGAUUCGUCAUUCCCACUGGACGAGAUACAGUCUCUUGAGGUAUCGGACGACGCUGUCAUCAAUCAACGCUGGGAGAAAGUUGUUGAGGUGAACUCUAGUGUUCGUCCGCCUUCGGCGGUACCACCACAGGACACUGUUGAAGAACCACUACUCAUCAGAUCGCCGCCGCUUCAGGAUGUGAUAACACGAACACUUCGCGGGGUAAUCUCCGAAGUAGAAGAGCGACGCGAAGCUCCGGCAGUUUCCGACGACUUGGAAACUGAUGUCCGCGAGCUACCGAAAGAAGAAGAUGCUCCACAUUCGUCUGAACAGGACGAACUUGCCAGCACUUCAGCUGCAUUUGGUGAAAUGCAACCUGAAUAUCUGCAGCCGAGCUACGACCAGGAAGUUGUCUACCAACAGGAACACUAUCUACCCCCUGAUGACGCUUAUCCGCCGACAACGCAAGACUGCCAGGAAGCUCCACCGCCAGAGUACACCGCCCAAGAACCCGUAGAAUACGCUUACGACUACGGUCCAACCGACGUCGCACAGUCAAACGAAACGCACUGGUCAACGGCACGCCAAGCCGUCCGAACCAAAAGCUAUGCCACCACCAACCAAUCCCGCACUCCGGAAACGAUCGACGAAGUCGUCAGCAACGGCGAGACAAGUCCCCACGAGAAGCGUUCUACACCUUCCGGAUCGAAACGAACAUCUCCAACCGGGGAGAACCUGUCCGCGACGGAAAUUCACUCGGCAGCCCCGGUCGAUCCCGAACCGGAACAACCACCCCCAGAAGAUCCGCAGCAGUACGACUACUCUCAGUACCAGCCAGAGUACGAUCCGAACGUAGACUAUCAGCACCAACAGCAAGACGGUGUCGAUCAACAGACGUACUACCAACAGCAGUACGCCACUGACGAUCAAUCCGGACAGCAGGAUCCUUCGCAAGUUCAGCCGUACCAGGAGUACGCGGAUGUCGAUCCGAACCAGUACCAGCAAGCGACGGAGUAUCCCGGCCCAACGCAGUACGUAUUCGAGCAGGGCUAUUAUGACGAACAACCGCAGGAACAGCAGUCGGAUCAACAACAGCAGGGAUACUACGAGGAUCCCAAUGCUGUGGAGCAGCAGUACUACGGCGAAGAGAAUCAGCAGCAGCAAUCGGAUCAAGCGUACUAUGAUCAAUCGCAAGAACAGCAAGAAUAUGCUAAUUAUGAAGCCACGGCCGUUGAGGGGGACGGGCAAGUGGUAGACGUUGCUCCGCAAGUUGUGCAGGAAGAAGUCAAGGAGGGUAAGGAGGAUGAGGAGGAGGUGCGAGUGGAGCAACGAGAGCCCUCGUCGACGCUGAUGAGUUCGGUAAGUGUUGCCGGUGUUGAAUCAACGGAGGAGAAGGUUGAAGAGAUGGCAAGUGAAUCGGAUGGGAAGUCUGAGUCGCCGGUCAAGCAGGGGGUAACGGGGAAGGAGGACACGACCAUCAGUUCGGCGAACGAUGAAAGUGACUUUGAUUUUUCCACGCAGUAGGACGGGCAAGGUAAGUGUGCUUUGUUUAGAUUGUUGA